AGAUGUUCAUCUUUAUAAGUUUACUCGCGUAUGCGCUGGCUGAACCACCUGUGGGGGAUGGCUAUGCUGCAGCAAGAUCGAGUCAUGAACAUCACGGCCUUGAUACCCAAAGGUCUCUGUCACAAGAAUAUGGCGUGCCGGCAUUGGGAGCUAGAAGCAAUUACGCAUCAAUUGGCGCUAGAUCCCAACUGACCGACCAAUCCAGAUCAGCACCAUCUCAAGAGUACGGGACUCCUGGAUUCCGAUCAGUAUCCCAAGAUUAUGGGCUUCCAAAUACCAGGAAAGGAGUAUCACAAGAGUAUGGACUCCCCAAUAAUGCUAGGUCAAGUCAUUCACAAGAAUACAAACAAUCUAAUGCCAGGACUGGACUAUCCCGAGAGUACGGAACUCCUAAUGCACGAACUGGACCAUCCCAAGAGUAUGGGGCACCUAAUGCUAAGUCUGGACUAUCCCAACAGUAUGAACUUCCGAAUGCUAGAUCGAGUCUUUCUCAGGAUUAUGGACUGCCUAAUUCCAGAAGCCUUUCUCAACAAUACGGUCUUCCCAACCAACGUGAUGCUGGAACAGAUUACACCCGUUCGCAGGACUAUAGCAGUUCUAGUGCACGUUUGUCUCAAGAGUAUGGAGCUCCUCAAUUGAGAACUGGUUCUGCAAAUUAUAAAACUGAUGUCCCAUCAGACUCGUAUGGAACACCUCUACAAAGAUCAACCCAAGCUAUAUCAGGCCACAGAACACCUUCGGAAGAGUUCGCUGUUCCAUCUCAGAGGAAUUUUGAUCAGCCUCCAUCACAGAAAUACGGAACACCUAACUUUAGAAAUGCCCAGACUUAUAGCCCCAGUUCCCAAAGCCAUUCAGCAUCAAGUAGAUUCAACAAAGGUUCUGCGUCAACUAGAACAUUCCAAUCUUCUUUUGGUUCAAAAAGUCCAUCCCAAAACUACGCUACUCCUCAGUCUUCCUCGUACUCAGUACCCAGUUUGAGGAAUGUUGAUUCUUACUCUCCAGCCUCCAAAUCUAUUUCUACUUCAUAUCUGCCAAGUUCAAGGACUGUUUCUCAAACUUACGGAGCGCCCGACGGGCGAAGCUUGUCUACUGAAUAUGGUGCUCCAGAUGCUAGAGAUCUCAAUACCAAUGCUUACGCUUCAUCGUUUGACUCAGCAAGAUCAAAUCCAUCAGCCCAAUAUGGUGCACCAUCAGCCCGGAACGCGAUGCCAUCAGAGCAAUACGGUGUUCCAGAACAAUAUGACACGCUCUCCAGUCAAGGAUACAGCUAUGCAAGGAAUGCCCUUGAUGAGUUAGUUAACCAAGAACCAGCUAACUACGACUUCGGGUAUAAGGUGAGCGACUAUAUAAGCGGAAGUGACUUUGGACACACGGAAUCCAGGCAGGAGAACAGGGCCGAAGGAUCGUAUUUUGUCGUACUGCCUGAUGGAACUAAACAGGUUGUAGAAUACGAAGCUGAUGAGCAAGGCUUCAAGCCCAGAAUCUCAGUGGAACCAGCAGAAGCCAGGUUAGGUUACGAUGACAACGCAGCCGAUCUUACCCGUUCAUCUGAUGGACCUUAUUAGGACUACGUAAAACACGAAAACAACCUUGCUAUGGAUUCUAUUGAAGACUUGAAGAUGUUUGAAGAUUUGAAAAUUUUC